AUGCCACGUGCACACUUGCGAGCCGCUCGCGAACCAAUACCAACAACAAACGCAUACCGAAAUACCGGCAGUAGCGUUUGUGCUUGUCUACUAGUAACUACUAUGUCUUUCGAAGAUUAUGUAAUGCUGGUAAUGAGUAGUUCGACUAUAUUGAUGGCUCAUUUGGAAGAAAAACAAAGAAAAAUGCGAAAACAACGAAGUUGGUGGCAGACUGAUUUGUAAGAAAAAAGGAAUGUUAUGGAACUAUUUAUUAUUGGAUUUAAAGUCUCGGAAAAUAAGCGGUCGGUACAAACAUUUUACUAGAAUGUCACCAAAUGAUUUUGAGAAUCUACUACAAAUAAUAGUUAAGUAAUUACCCGGAAUUACUAAGCAAGAUACAUAUUUUCGCUCUUCAAUCUCGGCUCAAGACAGGUAGACCAGGCGAUUUCGCUCCAUUCAUCCUCUUUUAAAUGUUUUUUAAAAUGGUCCUCAUGUUUAGGAUCCCACAAUAAAGAUUUUUUUUUUUUUAUAAUUUGUAAACACACGCAGAGCGAAGGCGCGUGCCGUUGGUUAGGCCGUCUUCAUACGGGGCAACUCCCAGGCGACACGACGGAUACUCCAGUAUUGUCUGUUUGAUUUCCUUGUCAGUAAGAUACCCAUAAGCAACCCACCGCAACACACUGUGCUACUCUGAAGCUAUUGCGAAGCGACGAUAUCUCAUCAGUCUAGGUUUAGCCACUAUUUGCUUAUAACCUUGUUGCUGAGUUUUCAAUAUGUCGAUACGUCGAGUGAUUGAUGAUGAUGUAUUAGUCGCCUAUUAUUACAACUAUCCAGUUUUUUUCGAAAUGCAUGUUUUUACAUAUUCUGAUAAAGAAAAUUGUUCUCUACAUUUCGGCUCAAUAACCAGCUAUCUCCGGAGAUUUUACAUUAUAGUGUAUAUUCUACACCUAAUACCUAUACAUUUGAUGGUGUGACUGGUGUAAGUAAUCUAUUCCUUAUCAAAAUAUGUAAAUUCUAUGUGAAAAAAUGUACAAUUUUUGUUAAAAGAAACAAAGCUAAUAUUAUUUUAUCAGUUAUCACUUAUUAUUAAUAUUAAACAUAUUUUGUUAGUUUUUUUUUUGUUAGUUUCUUUUAUAUUAUGCAUUUUUAAUAUUGUUUUAAUUAUAUUAUAUAGUAUAUAAUAUAUAUAUCACUUCCUAUAUUGGAUUUAGAUAGUGAUUUACAAGAUACUCGAGUAUCUGUCGCUUCGCCUGGGAGUUCCUUCGUAUGAAGGCCUUAAGGUCGUUGAAAAGACCGGACAGGGCAAGAACGGUGAAUCAGACCGUGACAUCCCGACGUACUGA